UCAGCAUUAUCCCAAAACCAAUCAGUACCAUACACUGAAUCUACAAUACCAUCCCUGUCGAUAUCUACAGAGACAUCUUCCAUAUCAAAAGAACCUACAUCUGGCUCAUCACCAUCAACCUCUUCAUUGACAAGUACAUCACUUCAUUCUAACCAGUCAUCAGCUAACACCAUUGCCCUAACCCAGUCAACUGCAAAGUCCACUGAAGUGCCUUUCACAGCAGAAACACUAGCCUCACUUGGACAAAGUAGUGGUACAACAAAGUUGAUUACUCUAUCAGAUAGUGUAUAUACUACCAGCAAUGGGAUCACAGUGCCAAAUGAGACGUCUCAGGAUACAGAAGCAAAUACACAUACAGCGAAAACCACCACAUCAACCUCUUCCUUCAUGACAACUGUCCAAACAAUGGAUAAGGACAUACCUGUGACACACACAACAUCAAUGGUGCCAUCUGUUGCUACAGAAUACAUUUCGAGUUCUUUUAGUGAUUAUUCUACCAUGGGAUCAGCUGAAACAUCAAAACCUACAAAGCUUACUUCCACAGGGUCCCCAGCUGUGAUGACAACAUCCCAAGUGAACCAGAAUAAAACUGACCUGACAACCAAUGAUGUAUUUACUGGUGAUAUCAGGUCUACUGUUUUAUCAGUGUCACCUUCUGUGACAACAGAACAUCCCACCCCAGCUUCAGCAACAACAAUGUCUCGCAACACUCAUGUUUCUUCAAGAAUAACAACAACCACAGUAAGUCAGACUACAAAAGAAGUAACUGGUAAUUUUUCUUCACAAACCACUCUGUUGUACAGUACAAAAGCAACAGUCUCAACAAGCUCACCAACUUCCACAUCAGCAGCUUUUAUUACUGUCGAUGAAAUAAGUACCAUUUCUGAUUCUCAGCAAACUGUGUCCAACAGUGUGACUUCUUCAACUGGUGUAACAGUAUCAAUCAAUGGUUCUGUGCAAUCCCCAACUACAGUUAAAGAUAAGACAACAUCAUUAACAAGUGCCUUUCCCACAAUGGGAUCUACAGUGCCGUCAAGUACAGAAGAUACUACAAGUGCACCUCUUCCAACUAAAAACGGGACAGGCAUAAUAAGUACAAGACAGUCAACUGUUUCUUCUUUUGUUUCUGUCAGUGAAACAGCAUUUACAUUGUCAACCAUCAAGCCAGAAGUCACAACUGAGGUAACGACCUCCCAGACACAUACCACAGGGCCUCCGCAUUUUAGCACCAUGACACCUGCCCAUACUUCAACAACAAAGCUAACUUCUCCUACUGUUUUUUCAACAGAACAUAUGACCAGUUUACUGUCAACUCCAGAAUCCACAGUUUCCAGCUCAUUUACAGCCAAGGUGACUGAAGAAACAUCGACUAAGAACCAGACCACUAUUCCAAUAGCUACCUCAACUAUACAAGAACUUUCAACUCUGACAGAUCCCACUGAAAAUAUAACAAUACCUUCAACAAGCUCUCUACCCAAUUUACCCUCAACAGUGGCAAGUUCAGCUUCCACUGUUGCAAGUUCUGCACAGUCCACAGUCAACGUUUCUUUUUCAACAGCAAGUCCAACAACAAAAGAUGCAACCGAUAGAACCACCAUCUUCAAUAGCUCCUCACCUAUAGUUUCGACACAUUCCACCUUUAUUACGGGUGACAAAACAAGUACUGUUUCUGAUUCUCAACAAACAACAUCAGUGUUUGAUGGCGUAGCAUCGUCAACUUCCAUGUCAGAUACUACUUCAGGUAGUGUCACGGAGAGGAGUACUAAUGCAUUUACUAGUGAAGUUGCCACUACUUUGUAUACCACAGAUUCCGCCAGUGGUUCUUCUUACCCAUCGCCAACUGCAGUAACAGAUAAGACAAGUACUGCUACAGCGGUAUCAUCAUUUACAAGUGCCUUUCCAACAAUGGCAUCUACCCUGCCAUCUAGUACAGGAGAUACUACAAGUGGACCUCUUCCAACUGAAAAUGGAACCGGCGUAGUUACUGGAACACAGACCACUGUUUCGUCUUUGGUCACUACCCAUACGACUUCUGGGUCUUCAGAUUUUACAUCAGUUCAUUCAUCAGUAGAGCCAACAUCUACAUGGUCUCCUACAGAGUUCACUAAGUGGUCAUCUACGUUGGCCACUACAUCACCAACGGAAGUAACUUCGACUGUUUCCUCUUCUGUUACUACUAAUGCUACAUCUGGUUCACUUACAUCACCAGGGAAUUCAUCAACAAUGCCAACGUCAGAGCCAUAUACGGGUACAGAGUCUAUAAAUGGGUCAACUACAUUGGCCACUACAGACUGGCUCUCAAGAAGUACUGAAGUGUCUUCCACCAAACCUGAAGAUACUACAGAGGUCUCCACAUUCAAGACCUCCACAGAGCCUACGAUUUCUAGCACCAUCACAUCUGCUAAUACAUCACCAACUGCAAAUGUUACCACUUCUGCUAUUACAGAUGCAACAGCAAUGGCUAACUCAUCAUCGACUUCAGAUAUCACAGUUUCCAGCACAUUCAAAACACUUGUGACACAAGACACAUCUUCUGAAAGUGAGCUCACGUCAACUGUUUCACCAGUUACCACCCCACAAGGACUUACAACAAUGAUAACACCCAACACAACAAACACACAGACAACUUUGUCUUCCUCGGUAUCAGUAAAUUCCUCUUCCACUACUGAAUCUGUAGGGUCCACAGCUUCUAUGACAACACUCGAAGUGAAGCCAAAUGAGACUACACCUGACCAGACCACAAUUUACCUUUCUUCUACAGCCAGCAACAUUAACAUGACAACUGUUUCAGAAGUGAAACCAAAUGAGACUACACCUGACCAGACCACAAUUUACCUUUCUUCUACAGCCAGCAACAUUAACAUGACAACAGUUUCAGAAGUGAAGCCAAAUGAGACUACACCUGACCAGACCACAAUUUACCUUUCUUCUACAGCCAGCAACAUUAACAUGACAACUAUUUCAGCUUCUCCAUCAACAGAAUCACCCACCACAUUGUUAAUACAGUUUUCUAGCCCUAUAUCAGCUUCUGAAAGUACAGAGACAGCAACUUCAGAAACAAUCAGCCCUACUGAAAGAACCACCUCCAUGUUGUCUUCACCUUCUGCUUCACCUGAGGUUUCUACAUUCCAAACACAUUCCACUGAGCCUCCACUUUCCAGCUCCAUGACAGCCUCCCAUACAUCACCAACAGAAAUACCUUCUACUGUUUUUCCAACUGCAAAUGUUACCCAUUCUCUCAUUACAGAGGAAAUGACUACAGGAGACAUAGCCCCAACUUCAGGGUCUACUGUUUCCAGCUCAUUAGCGACUGAAGGAACAUCUCCGGAAAGUGAAACCACGCCAAGUGUUUCAUCACUUACUUCAACAACCGUACCAGUCAACACCACAACAGCUGACACAGUUGAGACGACAUCAACACAAUUGACACCAGCAAGUACAACACACACGACACACGUUACUGUCACAAAUGUGACCCCUCCAUAUACACCAACAGCCACUCUUGCAACACCCACAACUACUAUGGUCAGCACAAUACAAACAGAUACACCACCUAUCACAACAACACAAUUAGUUACUGACACAGAGGCGGUAGUGACUUCUGGAGGAACAUCCAUAACUACAGAGACCACGAAAAUCUCCUCAUCCCCUUUAGUUACAAUAACCGGAGCCUUAACUUCCAUGAUUACUAUGUCAUCGCAAACAACCAGGGACACUGCUUCCACUGUGCAAAGCACAACACGACCUCCCAGUACUACCGCAGUAAAGCCUCCACUGGAAUGCAAAAUUACUGAAAGAAUUUGGGUGAAAACAGUUUUGUCUCUGAACUUAAGGAGAAACAGAGUCGAUGAUGCACUUAAACAGAAUCUUAGGACUGGACUCACACAGGCAUUGCAGAAUGCUUUCAACAGCAGCGAAGUACAUGCUCAGAUUGAGUCUUUGACAGGCACAACUAAUGUGACAGUUGGUUACUACGCUACAAACGACAGAACUGUCUACAUCACAGCUGUUGUCAUUAAAGCGUUAACUGAUUAUGGGGAUCUGAUGAGUGACAUUAAACAGCAUGUGACUAACGUUCAGUCACUGCCCAUCCCUGUGGCUCCCUGGAUCCCUACUCCUGCUGUCUGGAUGCAGCUUAAGACGGUCCUCAGGUUUGUGGGAGCAGCAGACAAUAUCCAAUCCUGCAACUUUGUUCAGACCAUGGAGCAAAGGUUGCAGAAUGCAUUCGCAGAAGCAGAGUCAAAGGUCUUGAAUGCAAACAACAACCUCACUGUUCAGAUUUUGAGCACAUCUCAGUCGGCUGAGUCCCCAGCUGUCACUUUGAUCUAUGUGGUGCAGAACCAGAGUGUGAUGCUGAAUGGAACAACCUCCAGCUCCCUCCUCAAUCAGCUUACCGCAGAACUAGUGGGCUAUUACCUCUUCUUCCCACCGCUGAUCAUUGCUGAACCAUUGAAGUAUAACAACCUUGACACUUCACCUUCAACAAAAGACUACUGGGUGACUACAGUCAUUCAAAACGUUGAUAAUUCCUCCCUGAAUGGAAACUACCAGAGCUUUGCCAGCCUGAUGGAGCAGCGGCUGGCAGAACUCCUUGUGAUCGCCCAACAGCAGGGAAGACGGUUCAGGCGAGCCACCACAGUGGGGAGCUACACUGUUCAGAUGGUGGAAAUGAAGCGUGUUGAAGGUGCAAAGAACCCCGUUGCAUUGACCUACUAUGCCCUGCAGAAUGGCACCCCAUUGCUAGGCACUACCACAGCGAAAAUCCUCAACACUAUAGACUCCCAGACCAUGGCCUUAACACUGGGCUACUUUGUGCAGCAGCAGGCGGAACCUGUGGUAAAGAAUCCCCCAAAUAACCUGUGGAUCAUUGCGGCAGUGCUAGCUCCCAUUGCUGUGGUCACUGUUAUCAUCAUCAUUAUCACUGCAGUGCUGUGUCGGAAGAACAAGAACGACUUCAAAUCUGACACCUUGGCCAACAUGCACCAGCGGGCCAAGCCAGUGCAGGGGUUUGACUACGCCAAGCAACAUCUUGGGCAGCAGGGUGGAGAAGAAGAAGCCAGUCCUGUGACACAGGAAACAGGAGUUUUACCACUUCCUGUCAGAGAUGCACCUCUGUCUCAAGAGAGAGGGAUUUCACAGGAUGGAAGUACUACAAAAACAACAAUGACCAGUGAAAUACGCAAAAGCAGGUUGCCUAGCGGGGAUGUUUCUGUCAUCAGUAACACAUCAGGAAAGCCCAACACAGGCAGAAUAUCUCCGCAGAAAAUGAAAAAGGAAGAGUUAAAGAAGAAAAAUGUUCCAAUGAGUGAUGAAGAGGAUGGUGCAGUUCUCUUUGACCGGGUGUCCAGAUCUUCACCAGAUCCCUAUGACACGUCUUCUGGGUCGCUGCAGCUAAUCUCUAUCAAACCGCUUGCAGCACCUCCCAGCUACUCGCAUCCAGACUCGGACAGGAGCCAGGAGUCUGCCGUGAUAAAUGGAGAAGUUAACAAAGCUUUGAAGCAAAAAUCAGACAUUGAGCACUACCGGAACAAACUGAGACUCAAGGCGAAAAGGAAGGGAUACUAUGACUUCCCAGCCUUGGACGGUAACAGCAAGUCCCUCCCUCAAAAACAGAGACACAUGUAUGAGAAAGCACAAAUGGAGUUGGACAAAAUUUUGGAUCCAGACGAAGACAUGUCCUCCACUUACGUCAAGUCUAAAAACAGACAAUCCCACAUGAAGAACCCUGCAUACAGAAGCAGGCAGUCUCUAAACAGCCCCAGUCCAGGUGGAACCGAGAUGGACCUUCUAGUGACGAGGGAAAGGCCCAGGCGUGGAAUUCGAAACAGUGGAUAUGAUACAGAGCCAGAGCUUAUAGAAGAAACCAAUGUGGACCAUGUUGCUGGGCCUAGAGGUUACACCCGGGGUCGUCAGGUCAAGGGUCAUUCUGAAACUUCCACACUUAGCUCCCAGCCUUCCAUUGAUGAAGUCCGGCAGCAAAUGCAUCUGCUUUUGGAGGAAGCGUUUAGUCUGGCCUCUGCUGGUCAAGUAACAGCAAACAGGCAGCAGGGACAAUACAACCCCGUCCAGCAGCUACCCUUUUCAGAGGUAGUGACCAGUGCACCUGGAACAAUGAACAGACCUAGGGGAGCGGUCCAGUGGGUGCCUGCCAGCUCUGAUUUAUACCAGUACAGUUUGCCAAGACCUGCCUUCAGGUUCUCACAGCUUUCUGACAUGGCUCUGGGCUCCCCCCCGCCCCCUGUACCUCCCCGAAGUGGGCCUGCAGUCGUCACAUCCCUCCGACGUUUUUUUCCCGUCAGAUCUACUUCAGAUAUUGGAACUAAGACAAGGACUUCUGAACCCAUUGGUCCAGAACAUCAGAGCCAGCAUGACGCUGCCCCAUUUGUGCCAGUCACGAGAGCGUCGGUUUCCACAGCUUCUGUGGAUCAGCCUGUCUCUAAUUACUCAGGAAACCCAGCACCAGCAGUUUAUGCAAUACCAGCAAACCGGCCUGGAUACUCUGGCUACUUCAUUCCAACUCCCCCCACUCCCUAUAGGAGCCAGACCUGGAUGCCAUACCCAGCUGAAGGGAAUGUGCCGAGCCAGUGGGCUGAAGCUGUUCCGUUACCAGGGUAUGUGGAAGCCUAUCCCCACUCCCGUUACCAACAAAACAGCCCUGUCAGACUUCCUCGGCAUUACAACCAGGCUUCAUCCCUGCACCCCAGCCUGGACCAGGCUCUGACCCCUUCAACCACAGCUUCCCAGCAGAGCCUGGCUGAGAACGACACGUCCGACACCUCGCUCACCAACAUCUCCACGGCAGCUCUAGUCAAGGCAAUACGGGAAGAGGUGGCCAAACUAGCAAAGAAGCAGACUGACAUGUUUGAAUUCCAGGUCUAGUGUCUUUAGCGAUAAUAGCAAUAGUGGAGACAGACAUACAGCGUCUUGAUGGAUUCUUGCCUUGACUGAAACCGUAACCUUGGACAUUCAUUUUUAAAAUGCCAUCAGCUGCAACUGUAAUUGCAGACAGUAGCAGGAUCUUCAUCAACAGACUUGUCUUGCACACCCACAAACAGUUGUCUAGUGAUGUAUUUAAUUAGCUUAUGCAGAACUUACUAAAGGCCAUAAGAGCAUAAACUAAUUAUUUCAGUUCUGUGGAUCUAUCAGCUGUACACUGGAGGCUGCAUCCUACAAUAUGAAUAUUUCAAACUGUUUUCUUUUAUAAAAAAAAAAAAAAAAAAAAAAGCAGGCAUUCUAAGUGAAGGUUAUUAAAAUGGGAACUGUACAUUGUGUAAAUUAUG